CGGAGGGAGAGGGGGCAGCGCGUGGAGCGGAGGGAAAGAGGGCAGCGCUGCCGGGAGAGCCGGCGAUCCGCUGCCGUUCCGUGGGCGGGAACAGUUCUCCGGAGCGGCGGGGGACAAAGCGGAGGGAGGCGCUCAGCUCGCCCCUCCCCAUCCCGCCCGGCGCCGGUCUGGGGCGGAUGUGCCGUGGGUAGGCGGCGGCGGCGGCGGCGGCGGCGGGGCCUGCGCCCGGCGGAGAUGGAUCUGGCGGGGACGAUAAUCCUGCUGUGCUCCUGCGCGGCAGGCGCUGGAGGCCAGUAUGGAAAUCCUCUAAAUAAGUAUAUUAGACACUAUGAAGGACUGUCCUACGAUGUGGAUUUGUUACACCAAAAACACCAGCGUGCCAAAAGAGCAGUGUCACAUGAAGAGCAGUUCUUGCGCCUAGAUUUCCAUGCUCAUGGAAGACAAUUCAACCUUCGAAUGAAGAGAGAUACAUCUCUUUUUAGUGAUGACUUUAAAGUGGAAAUGUCGAACCAAGUAAUUGAUUAUGAUACCUCCCAUAUUUACACUGGACACAUUUAUGGUGAGCAGGGAAGUUUUACUCAUGGGUCUGUUAUUGAUGGAAAAUUUGAAGGAUUCAUCCAAACUCACAGUGGGACCUUUUAUAUUGAGCCAGCAGAGAGAUACAUAAAGGACAGAAACCUACCAUUCCACUCUGUCAUUUAUCAUGAAGAUGAUAUCAAAUAUCCACAUAAAUAUGGACCACAAGGAGGUUGUGCAGAUCAUUCAGUAUUUGAAAGAAUGCAGAAGUACCAGAUGACUGGUAUAGAAGAACCAACAACAGAGAAGCCUGUUGAAGAGCCUAAGAAGGAUGAUCCACAGCUUUCGAGAAAAAAGCGUGCCACUCAGGCUGAAAAAAACACAUGUCAGCUGUAUAUCCAGACUGAUCAUUUAUUCUACAAGCAUUAUGGAACCAGAGAAGCUGUGAUUGCACAGAUUUCCAGCCAUGUUAAAGCAAUUGACACCAUUUACCAGUCAACAGACUUUUCAGGGAUCCGUAACAUCAGCUUCAUGGUGAAAAGAAUCCGAAUUAACACAACCGUAGAUGAGAAGGACUCUUCCAAUCCCUUUAGAUUUCCUAACAUUGGUGUGGAAAAGUUUCUGGAACUGAACUCAGAACAGAAUCAUGAUGAUUAUUGCUUGGCCUAUGUGUUUACAGACCGUGAUUUUGAUGAUGGAGUCCUUGGUCUAGCUUGGGUUGGAGCCCCUUCAGGGAGCUCUGGUGGAAUAUGUGAAAAAAGCAAAUUAUAUUCAGAUGGUAAGAAGAAGUCUCUAAACACUGGGAUCAUCACUGUCCAGAACUAUGGCUCUCAUGUGCCCCCCAAGGUUUCUCACAUUACUUUUGCACAUGAAGUUGGGCAUAACUUUGGUUCCCCUCAUGAUUCUGGAAUGGAGUGCACUCCUGGAGAGUCCAAGAACUUGGGACAGAAGGAAAAUGGCAAUUAUAUCAUGUAUGCAAGAGCUACAUCUGGAGACAAACUUAACAACAAUAAAUUCUCAAUCUGUAGCAUUCGAAAUAUCAGCCAAGUUCUUGAGAAAAAGAGAAAUAAUUGUUUUGUUGAGUCUGGGCAGCCCAUCUGUGGUAAUGGGCUGGUUGAACAAGGAGAGCAGUGUGAUUGUGGGUACAGUGACCAGUGUAAAGAUGACUGCUGUUAUGAUGCAAAUCAGCCAGAAGAUAAAAAAUGCAAGUUAAGACCAGGCAAAAACUGCAGCCCCAGCCAAGGCCCGUGUUGCACUGCCCAGUGUGAUUUCAAAUCGAGGACAGAUAAGUGUCGGAAUGACUCUGACUGUGCUAAGGAAGGAAUGUGUAAUGGUGUCAGUGCUCUCUGCCCAACAUCUGAACCCAAAGAAAACUUCACAGUGUGCAACAGGAACACCCAAGUUUGCAUAAAGGGGCAAUGUACUGGCUCUAUUUGUGAGAAGCACGGCUUGGAGGAGUGUACAUGUGCUAGUUCAGAAGGCAAGGAUGAUAAAGAACUGUGCCAUGUCUGCUGCAUGAAAAAAAUGGACCCAACUACUUGUGCAAGCACAGGCUCAAGCCGAUGGCAGGAAUUCUUUAAUCGUGAAACCAUUACUUUGCAACCUGGAUCUCCCUGCAAUGAUUUUAAAGGCUACUGUGAUGUGUUUAUGAGGUGUCGGCUAGUAGAUGCUGAUGGCCCUCUAGCUAGAUUAAAGAAAGCAAUUUUUAAUCCAGAACUAUAUGAAAAUAUUGCAGAAUGGAUUGUGGCUUAUUGGUGGGCAGUGUUGCUUAUGGGAAUUGCAUUGAUUAUGUUGAUGGCUGGCUUCAUUAAGAUAUGCAGUGUUCAUACUCCAAGCAGUAAUCCAAAGUUGCCUCCUCAUAAACCACUUCCAGGCACUUUAAAAAGGAGGAGACCACCACAAACCGCUCAGCCCCCACAGCGGCAAAGGCCCCGGGAGAGUUAUCAGAUGGGACAUAUGAGACGCUGACUCAGCUUUUUGCCUUGGUUCUUCCUAGUGCCUACAAUGGGAAAACUCACUCCAAAGAAAACCUAAUAAGUCAUUGACCCCAGUCUAACUCUCCAAAAUUGAAGAGGAAAAAAAAAAGCAUGAUAUGCCCUCAAAACAAGUGGAAGUAGUUAAUUUUUAAUGAGAGAAUCUUCCAGCUCAAAAAGAAGAAAAGUGUUUUUCUUGAAUAUUUUUAAUUUAGUAGGACAAAGUCCUAGCAUAUCAUGAUUCUUUCCCCCUUCUGUGCUCUUCAUUGCUGCAUUUUCUUCACUUGCAGGCAAAUAUGGCUGUAGUAAAACUUUUACUCAAGAAUUGAGGAAAAAGAUUUAUUUUUCAACUGCCAGACAAGGCUAGGAAGCUAGACCACCUCAGCAUUGGAGACAUUACUUGUCAAUGUAUAUACAUUGUUAUAUGCAGACAUGUAUUUCUAACGUACACCGUACUUGUGUGCAAUUGUAAACAAGAGAAUUGCAAUAUGGAUGUUUCUUUGUAUUAUAAAACUUUUCCGCUAUUAAUGAAGAAAUUACUGUUUAAUUGACAUACUCAGGAUAACAGAGGAUGAUGGUGUGUAGUGGUCAAGGGUCCUGUGAUGCUUUACACAGCAAUUUUGAAUCCAAUCACACUUUUUUUAUUGUUAUAAAAGUCGUUUCAAGCACUCAUUUCAUCUUUAUCCAACAGCUGCUAAGACUCAGCGAACAAGCUUGGAUGGUCUUAGAGAGGUUUAACAGGUGUUCUGCAAACUUUGCAAAUGUCAGAAUGUUUCAAAAAUGUUUUAUGUGUCUUCCUUGUAGCUCAGCGUAAAUAUUUUUAAUUUGUCUGAUUAUUCAGUGAAAUAAUGAAUAGUUAGAUCAAAUGUUUCCAUGCUUUAUUAGAAAAUUCUGCCUGUUAUUCAACUUGUUUUAAAAAUUGCAACCACUUUAUUUGAGCUCUUCAGAUAUUCUUACAGUUUGGUGAUCAAGUUCAUGUUCUAAGGGUUGUGGAAAGAAAGAAAAGCUGUAGUUUUUUCUUUUGUUUUUUAAUUUAUCAGGUGUUUGGAUAACUUUUCAGUAUGAUACUGUUGAUUGAUAACCACUAGAGUGAUUUGCCUGGCUACUGUGGCAGAGCUAAAACUGUAGUUAGGACUACCAGUUUUCCCACAUUUAUACCAGUAGUGAAGUUCAACAGCACAGUGUCCCAUUCCAGAGUUUUUAUUACGAAUGUAAAUAAUUGGCAUUUUUAAAGAUGAAAUAAAAGAUGUCUUAAGGUGCUUACUGCUAUGCAGGAGAUGAAAGGGGGCAUUACAAAAUGUUUAAGCUUGUGAUGUAUUUAUUGCUUGUUUUCCAAAAGCACCGAGGUAAUUAGAGAUGCAAAUGGCUAUAAUUUUCCUGGCUUUGCUUAGGUGAAAAUUUACUAAGGGUUGGACAGGCUUCCUUUGUUUUGGGUUGGGUUUUUUUUGUUGGUUUUUUUUUUUUUGGUUUUUUUUGGUUUAGUUUUGUUUUGUUUUUAAGAGUAUAAGGUUUACACAAUCAUUCUCAUAAUGUGACGCAAGCCAGCAAGGCCAAAAAUGUUACAGAAUAUAAUGGGAUCUCUUCCUUGUAAACUUGUACAGUAUGUGGUAACUUUUUCAAAAUACAGCUUUUUGUACAUGGUUUAGAGACAAAUUUUGUACAUGAAACCCCAAGUCCAAUAGACUAUAUAAAUAAUUCUAAAUGAUCUUAACUAGUUAGAUGUGUACGUAGUUGCUUUUAAGUCAUUUUCAAUACAUUUGUUUUAAGACUGUGCAAAGAUUGGAAGUGGGUUUGCAUUUCUAAAAUGGUGACUUUUAUUCAGCAAGAGUUCUUAGUAACUUCUUGAGUGUGGUAGACUUUGGAACAUGUAAAUUUUUUGCCUGUAAUGUUAUCCUGUGGUAGGAUUUUGGCAGACAAAUGUUGCCCUAUUUUAUUUUGAGUCUAAGUUAAAUGUUUUUUGAAAACAGAAAUGUGCACUGAACUCUCCACUGCAAGUCAAGAUGUGGUAAAGCCGAAAGGAAGUUCAUGACAAUGAAACAGAAAUACUACUGUCGAUUUCAUGUCCACUGUGUUUUAUACAGUCUCUUUUUUUGUUCACUUUGGAAAUUUUUACUAAAAAAUGCAAAAAAUAAAGUAUUGUGCAAAGAUAUGUAAGGUUUUUUGAAACUUGAAAUGCAUUAAUAAAUAGACUUGAUGAAAUCA